GCAAAACGUAUCUCCAACAGCAUCCGAACAGCCACCACUGGCCCACGAUCGAGAGGCAUCGAGAGCGAGCUGCAAAAGCACCUCGUAGCUAUGGAAUGGACGCUCGAAGGCUAUUCCGACCUUGCCCGUCAGAUCAUGAAUCGCCUGAGCAGGAGUGUCAAAGAAGUCAGGAUGCGCGCAUACAUGGCAGAACGGGAUCGAGACGAAGGGCCUUUUAACUUCGCCCGCAUCAGAUGAGGAGUCACCGAAGCGAACAUGCUCUCGCACGUAGCCGACCUCACGGGCCGCGGUGAAGAGGACGAAGAGCUUGUGAUGGUUGUGCGGUGGUUACUCGGGAAGCUGGACAAGGCCGUGGAAGAUGCUGAAUCGCGGAACCUGGCUUGGGAUUCAUCUCCUGACAACGCCUGGUAUGCGCCGUCCGACCAUCCGUUCACGAAUCGAGAGGCUUCGCAUGCGUACGAUACAUCACAACAAUCUAUCCCGCACACGAACGUCACCACUGCCGAGGCCGCACGAGCCGCCUAUAUCAGCAAGAUGUGGGACAUCAUGGACAAGAAGCUCACGGAGAUGCAUCUGGAGAUGUCACCAAUUCCGCUCCACUUCAGCUUGCAGAAGGACCCUCAACAUCGCCACUACAUCACCCACACAUUCAGACCAACAAUCAUGGACCGCUUCAACAUGCAGAACCUACAGCUCGACCAGAUCACCACACCAACAUCCACCAAGCUGCGCAACAUCCUCGUCCUCCUCAACGAUAAAACAAUCUUUUGGGCUUUACAAAGCAGACUCGUCGCCCUGCAAUGGACAGUGGAGGGCUACAAGGACCUUGCGCACAAAAUCAUGUAUCAGGUUACGGAGCGACUCCUCGAUGAGGCCGGGAUGCGCCUAUACCUCAGCGACAUGACAGGUCGGGGCGAAGAAGAUGGAGAACUCGUUGGCAUCGCACACUGGCUGUUCAAUGAGGCGCCGAGUGAUUCGUCCCUUCAGAUGAAGCUAGAAUGGCAGGAUAGCGAAGCUUACGCGGAACCAGUCGAACGGGAGUGUUAUUACGAAAGGGAGAAGGACGAGGAAGGCAUACCGCCCAGAGUGCUGCUGGAACCAUGCACGGGGGAUGCGGGAAUGGAGGCGGAGAAGGGCUUCUGA